AUGUCUCCCACGGGAGCGAGCCCCCGCCUGCUGAACCCUCUGCGUCUGUUCGCUCGCUCUUCCCCUGGGAUCAAGGCCGACGCCAGGGAGAUCACAUAUAUACAGAACAUGGAGGACUUCUGGGACUGGUUAUCUAAUCAGACCGACUCCCAAGCUGUCCAGGCGCGCGCCAAACGCAGACCAAUCGUUAAAACCGGAAAGUUUAAGAAGAUGUUCGGCUGGGGGGAUUUCCACUCCAACAUCAAAACGGUCAAACUCAACUUACUCAUCACUGGGAAGAUUGUGGACCACGGGAAUGGCACUUUUAGCGUCUAUUUUCGCCACAAUUCCACCGGUUUGGGCAACGUCUCCGUCAGCUUGGUCCCCCCAUCCAAAGUGGUGGAGUUUGAAAUCGCACAGUCCACGCUGGAGCAGAAAGACACGAAAUCUUUCAACUGUCGCAUUGAGUACGAGAAAACGGACCGGAACAAGAAGACGGCUCUGUGCAAUUUUGACCCGUCCAAAGUGUGUUAUCAGGAGCAGACCCAGAGCCACGUGUCUUGGCUGUGCUCCAAGCCGUUCAAAGUCAUAUGCAUCUACAUUGCUUUCUACAGCGUGGACUACAAACUGGUUCAGAAGGUGUGCCCCGACUACAACUACCACAGUGACACGCCCUACUCCUCCACGGGAUGA